ACAAGUGUAUGAAGUGUGACAACAAGCCUGUGGUCGUCGUACGUGUUAAUGAUGCAUUUUGCAGAGAGUGUUUUCUGACAUAUUUUACCCACAAGUUCCGAGCCACUAUUGGCAAGUCGAAACUAGUGCGUGAAGGGGAAAAAGUACUACUGACAGUUUCUGGUGGCCAGGCGUCCUGUGCUAUGCUAAACCUAGUGAAUGAGGGUCUCGGUAAAUCAGUACAUAAAAGACUUAGAUUCUCUCCUAGCAUUCUCUACAUUGAUGAGGGGGCUGUGCUAGGAAUGUGUCUCCAGGAGCGAUCCAAUGUGCAGGAGAAAGUGUUGAGCUCGGCGAGGAAGACAGGGUUUCCCUGCUUCUACUCAUCGCUAGAGAUGGUGAUGGCAUGUGGAGGCUGCGCAGGAGCCGAGGAUGCGGAUAGCCAUGGCGACGAGCAGCCAUGUCACUACUCUACCUACCAUGGAGUGGAUGACUGUGAGGGGCUUCACACGAAUGUGGACAUGCAGCGAAGACUCACGUCACUGUUUGAAGCAACGAGGACGAUCACAGCCAAGGAGGAUCUCCUCAACGUACUGCGUAUGAGACUCAUGGUUCACAUUGCAAUCCAGGAGGGCUUUACGAAACUGAUGGUGGGUGAUACAGGCACAAGGUUGGCGGUGCGUGUGAUGAGCAAUGUGGCACAAGGAAGGGGUUCUGCACUCGCUCUUGACACUGGAUUCAGUGAUGACAGGCAUGGGAUUGCAGUACUGCUCAGACCAAUGAUGGAUUUCACAGGAAAGGAAAUCGUGAUGUACAACAGAUUCCAUGACAUAAGGCCCGUGACCAUUGCAGCUUUCACAACAAAGAGUAGUUGUGCUGCUAGCAUUACGAAGCUGUCACAGACGUUUGUGUUGCAGCUACAGGAGCAUUUCCCAUCAACUAUCAACACCAUUUGCAGGACAGCAGGGAAGAUAUGUGAGGCUACAGACCUAGGGAGCAAGAGACCAGCACAGUGCUGUAUGUGUAAGAUUUCUUUGGAUACGUCUGUUGUCGUGCCAUCUGCUCUGCAGUCAGUUCUGUACUCUCAGUCCUUGGCUACAAAGGCAGAAGAGUUGAGCUCUCCUUCAUGUGAAAGUACACCUUCCUUGAAGGUGCCGGCAGAAACGAACUGCUGCGAAAAUACAGAGCCAGAUGGAGGGACCUGCUGCUCUCAGAGGCGUAGGGAUGAGAGUUUGUGUAGGAUGACUUCUGCUGACUUGUGCGGGAUGCUGUGCUACGGAUGCCGGCUCAUAAUCCACGACAUGGAUAGCAUUGAAAAUCUCCCACAUGAUAUGGUUAAAGCUGUUGCUACCCAGUCCAACAGGGCAAAGAUCAAAGAGGAGAUUCUGGAGUUUCUAUUGGACGACGACUGACUGAAACCUCAUGAUCUAAGUUCUAACGAUGACCCUUGUGCAGCUGCUUGUCAGAUGGAUUUAUUUCGUUUCUUAAGAUUGGAGCGAUCUGCGUGCAAGUACAUUUACCACUCUAACAGCGAAGACAUGAGAGUUCACUGUCCGUACGUGUAUCGGGUAAAAUAAAAGUUAUUACUUCAACCGAA